UUUCUGCGGUGUGAGAGUGCCACCUGGCUGCGGAUCUGCGUGAUUGGUGUACCAAAAUUCAUUUCCUUCGCCCACUAGGAUUUCCCGUUUGAUUUCCCCCAUUUAUUUCUAUUACAAAAAUACUUUCCUCCCCCAUUUCCCCUCUCCUCCUCCACUCCAUCAGAAACGCCACCAUUUCUUCCUCCCCUCUCCACCCACACAAAAAAAAAAAAAAAAACAAAAAAAAACAAAAACAAAAACAAAACAAAACGCUUCAUUCCUUCCUUCCUUCUCUUCGGUUCUGUUUCUCUCAGAACUACCAACUUGAGGGAAAAGUCUGCAUUUUUCCUCAAUUCCAACUUCACUCAAAAACCAUGGCUUCUCUAACCUUGUUCUGCAGCUCGAUUGCUCCAUCAUCCAUGGCGGUUUCCACGCGAACCCACUUCCCAGUUCUCCCUCACGAGCUCUCCUGCUGUGAUCACCACAAUUUGCACUUCCAAAGCAGGAAGAGAAGUAACAAGAGAAGGCAUAAAUCGAGUAGUCAACCAGUCGUCAAAGCAGUAGCGGCGGCAGAAGCCCCGCCGGCGACCCAACCGAGUGGGGAAUUGAAGGAGCAGAACAAGAAGAAGCUCAGAGUUCUGGUCGCCGGCGGUGGGAUUGGUGGGUUGGUGUUUGCUCUGGCAGCAAAGAAGAAAGGGUUUGAGGUAAUUGUCUUUGAGAGAGAUUUGAGUGCUAUUAGAGGAGAAGGGCAGUACAGAGGGCCGAUUCAGAUACAGAGCAAUGCUCUGGCGGCGCUCGAGGCUAUCGAUUUGGAUGUCGCUGAUGAGGUUAUGAGAGCUGGUUGUGUUACUGGUGAUAGAAUUAAUGGCCUUGUUGAUGGGAUUUCUGGCACCUGGUACGUGAAGUUUGAUACAUUCACUCCUGCUGUAGAGCGUGGGCUGCCAGUCACUCGAGUUAUAAGCCGAAUGACUCUGCAGAGAAUCCUUGCUUCUGCAGUUGGUGAAGAGAUUAUCCAAAAUGGUAGUAAUGUCGUCGAUUUUGAGGACGAUGGAGAUAAAGUCACUGUGACACUGGAUAAUGGAGAGCAGUACGAAGGCGAUCUCUUAGUUGGUGCUGAUGGAAUAUGGUCAAAGGUGCGAACUAAGUUAUUCGGACCAAAGGACGCAACGUACUCUGGCUACACUUGCUACACAGGCAUAGCAGAUUUCAUUCCAGUUGACAUUGAAUCUGUUGGGUAUCGAGUGUUCUUGGGUCACAAACAAUACUUCGUCUCCUCUGACGUGGGAGCUGGAAAGAUGCAGUGGUAUGCAUUUUACAACGAAGCAGCUGGAGGAACAGACAAGCCUGGUGGUAAAAAGGAGAGGCUGCUGCAGUUGUUUGAAGGGUGGUGUGACAAUGUGAUAGAUUUGCUCCACGCCACGGAUGAAGAAGCCAUUCUCAGACGCGACAUAUUUGACAGGACUCCAACUCUUAGUUGGGGAAAGGGCCGGGUGACAUUGCUCGGGGACUCCAUUCAUGCUAUGCAGCCUAACUUGGGUCAAGGAGGGUGCAUGGCUAUAGAGGAUGGUUACCAACUGGCAGUGGAUCUUGUUAACGCGUACGACCAAAGCAUUGAAUCAGGAAAGCCAGUGGACGUAAUCUCUUCUUUGAAGAGCUACGAGAAUGCUAGGAGGUUACGAGUAGCCAUCAUCCAUGGAAUGGCUAGAAUGGCUGCAAUAAUGGCUACUACCUACAGACCUUACUUGGGUGUUGGGCUUGGACCAUUGUCGUUCUUAACAAAGUUCCGUAUACCGCAUCCUGGAAGAGUAGGUGGGAGAUUCUUCGUGAGCCUGGCUAUGCCUUCAAUGCUGAGUUGGGUCCUAGGUGGUAAUAGUUCAAAGCUGGAAGGGAGGUCAGCAUCGUGCAGACUGUCGGACAGAGCUAGUGAUCAGUUGAGCAGAUGGUUCGAAGAUAAUGAUGCACUAGAGCGUGCUCUUGAUGGAGAGUGGUUUCUUCUCCCAUCUGGACAUGAGGCAGCUUCUUCAGAACCUAUUCAUAUGCCUCGGGACAAGGAACAACCCCUCCUCUUCGGGGCUACAUCGCAGGAAGAUUCCUCUGGAGUAUCUGUAAUCAUAACAUCUUCUCAGGUCUCCCCACAGCAUGCUCAGAUUAGCUACAAGGAUGGCUACUUCUACUUGCUGGAUCUCAGGAGCGAACAUGGAACCUUCAUCACAGACAACGAAGGGAGACGGUACAGGAUACCUCCAAACUUCCCAACCCGGUUCCAUCCCUCGGAUACUAUUGAGUUUGGUUCUGAUAAGAAGGCCGCAUUUCGAGUGAAGGUACUUCGGUCUUCUCCAAAGGCGGCAGAGAAGGAAGAGAAAGAAGCCGUUCAUGCAGUAUGAAAGAUUUUGGUGGUAGUUGAUGAGGAAUUUGUACAGCAUUUGUUAGCAAUUUGAGCAGCAAGUAAUGUAUGCUGCAUAGCUAUAGGAUUGAAAAAGAAAUGAAAUGGGUGAAAUAUACAUUGUUGCAGACUUUCAGCAGCAGCUGAAUGAUGUAAUAUAUUGAACUUAGAAUGAAAAGCAAAGGUUUUCGUGCUUCUUGGCCUACAGACAGGUAUCUGCAUCUUUUCAAAGAAACAGUAAACUGGAAC